AUGACAAGGAAGAAGGUAAAACUUGCUUUCAUUGCCAAUGAUUCUUCAAGAAAAGCAACCUUUAAAAAGAGAAAGAAAGGUUUGCUAAAGAAAGUGAACGAGCUCUCAACUCUAUGUGGUAUCAACGCAUGUGCCAUCAUCUACAGCCCUUACGACACCAAUCCUGAGGUAUGGCCAUCAAACUCCGGUGUGCAAAGAAUCAUCUCAGACUUCCGGCAGUUGCCAGAGAUGGACCAGAACAAGAAAAUGGUGGAUCAAGAAACCUUUCUCAGACAAAGAAUAGCAAAAGCCUCUGAAAACUUGAAGAAGCAGAGGAAAGACAAUAGGGAGAUGGAGAUGACUGAAGUCAUGUUCCAGUGCUUGGUCGGAAACAUGGGGAUGUUUCAUCUGAAUAUUAUGGAUCUUAAUGAUUUAGGUUAUAUGAUUGAUCAAUAUCUUAAAGAUGUUAACCGCAGGAUCGAGAUCUUAGGGAGCUCUGGUGGUAUGGAGCUUGGUGAACCUUCCAAUGCUGCUGCUGCUCCUUCUGAAGCGACCGGAACAUUGGCUAUGGAGGAGGCUACAACCGCUCCAGCCGCUACGGUUCAGCAGCAGAUGUUUCGUCAUCAUGCGGCUCCACAUGGAGGACACUAUGAGCAGCCUCUGAAUCUGAAUCUGAGUCAUAAUCAGAAUCAACAACAAUGGUUUACCCAGAUGAUGAUGAACCAUCCUGAGCAAAUGAGUUAUGCUGCUGAACAAACGGGCUUUCCGUUCAUGAAUGAUAACCAUCACCACCACCACCACCAACAGCAGCAGCAGACCCCUGGCGAAUCCUCCACUGCUCCGACAACAACUGUUGGCGCAAGCAGUGCUAACCCCGUUACAAGUUCAAAUCCUACCUACAAUACAUGGUUCCGUUAG